UGUUAAUUAAAUAAGAUGAUCGAAAUAAAAGCGAAACUGGUAAGAGCUGAUGCUGCUAUUUACGCUACUGGAGAACGAGUGGAAUGUUUAAUUGAAUUUAUUAAUAAAGUGUUUAAUACUGGAUUGCCAGGAGAUGCUAAUAGCAACAACAGUAUUGAAUGUCUGGCUUGGGCAUCUGUACAACUUCAUUGUUAUCGCAAGACCAAUGCCAAUGUAGGUGGUUCCGAUAAAAACUUAGAGUUGGCCGAAAUGAUAGGUAAAACGGCUUUGGAUGCAGUAACACAGGUUCCAGGAGAAGUAAUAAUAGCCACAAAGCCCAAAAUCCUAUUUUGUGAUUUAAAAUUGCAACCAAAUGAAUCGAAAAUUUAUUUUUUCAAUGAACUUGUUCCGCGCGAUGGCCCACCUACAUAUAGAGGUCAUGACAUUAAGUAUUUUUAUAAAUUAACUAUAGCAACACAAAGGGUUAAAUCAAAAGUUCAGACUCUGACAGUACCUAUUAGAGUUUUACCCAUUCCAUUGAUUGCUCGUCCAGAUGAAAUGCCUAUAACAGAGGAAACAAAUGAUGAGUUGGCACCGACAAAUCCAUUUUUGGAAAAGAAACAUAUAACUGAGUUGGAAAUAUCAUGGCAUCAUUUAAAAAAUGUAACUGCUAGACGUGCUCCCAAAUUCUAUCGUAUAUCAAAUAAGCGUGGAUUUGUAGGACGAUUCUGUCUUUUUAAGCCAUCAUACAAGUUAGGUGAGGAUAUAGUUGGUAGUUUAGAUUUUGCCAAUUGCAAGGUCCGUUGCAUACAAUUCUCAGUAAAACUGCAAUCACAAGAGAUUUUGAUUAAUUCUGCUGGCAAUAAAAAUGUCUCUAAUGAUUUCAACGAUUCUUCAUCAGUCAAUUCUCUCGACAUGGCCAGUGUUGCAAGUGGUAUUGCUGUAGAUUUUAUGCAUAAAUCGUCGACAUCAUCAUCAGCUUCCAAAGAUAAGGAUAUAAACAGUGCUGAACCUGUAGGCAAAGUAACAACACAUGCUGUUAAUCAUGAGGUUUGCUAUGCCAUAUUACAAACACAGGUGGUUGUGCCCAUUCCUCUGCACAUUACUCCCUCUUUUCGUACCGAAUCUGUAGAUGUGAGAUGGCGGUUGCAUUUUGAAUUUGUUACCAGUACGAUGAUGGAUUUUGGAAAAACAAAUCCGGAAGUCGGUGAACUUCAAGCACCUAACGAAUUACCGGUUGAGACCAUGGUAUGGAAUUUACCCAUAACAAUAUAUUCGGCCAAUCCAUUGCAGAUUUAUGCACCAUCACAGGGCCACACACUUUUAAUCAAAUAAAAUUUAUCAAAUACA